AUGCUGGGGCUGCUCUUGCUGUCUUUAGGACUCCUGCAGGGAAUCCAGGCUGUCUUUGCCUCUAGCUCCAGCCACAACCGUCUUGAUGAGGUGGGGUCCCUUCUGGAAGAAGCAGGAAGGGUCAGCUACCCGAGCCUUCUGCAGCUCGUCAAAGAGGCACCCCCAGAUUUUGAACAGCUGGCCCUGCAGAUGCCCAUAGCCCAAGAUGAUCUGGUGCCGGAAGCCAGCAUGAUAGAUGCACAGAUGUUGUCAUCCGCCUUACAAGCGCAGGGACGGGAGGAGCGUUCCCCGAGGAGAUGCGUCCGCUUGCAGGAAUCCUGCCUGGGCCACAAACUCCCUUGCUGUGAUCCGUGCGCCACCUGCUACUGCCGUUUUUUCAACGCCAAUUGCUUUUGCAAGAAAUUCAGCAACACUUUUCCAUGUGGCAAGAACUAG